ACAAGCCCCAACGAAGCCGGUCCACUUAAUUCCAAACGAUUCGCACAAUUUAGUUUUGCGAAAAUGCUAAAGUUCCUUGUCUUGCUGCUCGUCGUGGGCUGUGGCUUACUGGUUCGAGGAGGUGUUAUCGAGAUCCCCGAGGAGGUUAGCCAGGCUAUCGAGGAAACUUCCAAGACUCCAGAGGUCCUUCCCCCACCAAAGAGCGGAGAAAGCAACUCAACCCUAAGGCUAGUGCAUGUGCUAUUUCGUCAUGGCCCCCGCACUCCCGUCAACACUUAUCCGAAUGAUCCACAUAUCAACGAGACCUAUGAGCCCUAUGGAUGGGGGGCACUUACCAAUGGUGCUAAAGUGGAGCUGUAUAAAAUAGGCAAACAACUGCGUCAGCGCUAUAAAGAUUUCCUGGCCCCCUACUAUCAGCCCGAUAUGAUCCGUGCCCAAUCUUCGGAGUCGCCGCGCACCCUGAUGUCACUGCAAAUGGUGCUCGCCGGACUCUUUCCGCCGGAGAACACGCCGAUGGAGUGGAACCUGAUGCUCAACUGGCAGCCCAUUCCCAUUGUGAUGGAGCCCGAGGAAACAGAUGUGCGCAUAAGGAUGAAGGCGCCGUGUCCCCGCUAUGAGGAGGCUGUCUCCGAAGUGAUGAACCUGCCGGAGGUGAAGCAGCUGCAUGCUGAGAACUCCCAGCUUUUGCAGGAACUGACCAAUAUCACCGGACUUAACGUGACGUAUGCCCAUGAUGUCACCAGCGUAUUCAUCACACUGCUCUGUGAGCAGACUUAUGGUCUGGAAUUGCCCUCCUGGACCAAGGACUAUUUCCCCGCCAAGAUGCUUCCUUUGGCGUCAAAGUCGUACGUCUAUGAUGCAUAUACGCCCGAGCUGCGCAGGAUGAAGGGAGGCUUCUUCCUGGAGCUCCUGCUAAAACAAAUUCAGGCCAAGAUUUCUGGCAAGUUGGAGCCGAAGGAUCGCAAAAUGUUCCUAUCCUGUGGCCACGACUGGACCAUUACAAAUGUACUGUCAGCCUUGGAUGUUUGGAGUGCUCAAAUGCCCAGGUUUUCGGCCCUGAUCGCCUUCGAGUUGCAUCAGAAGUCCGAAACUGGAGAGUAUUUCCUUGAGAUCUACUUCCAGAACGAUCCCGACGAGGAACCACAGCAGUUGCAAAUUCCAGGAUGCGACAAGCAGUGUCCCAUUGAAAAGUUACAGGAGCUGAUCAAGGACAUUUUACCCAACGCCCCCUACGAGGAGCUCUGCAGGGCCAAGGGCACCCUAGAAGGCGCCAAGAUCAGCUAUAAUUAGCUAGCAGAAUUCCAUGAUUAAUGAUCAUUGAUCGAUCAGUAUUAAGAUUAUGUAAACAAGAAAUAUAAAUAGCACUUAGAUGUAACUUUAA